AUGCGCUAUUUGGCAGGCUCUGCGAUAAACUUCAGCGUUUGGACUCCUGAGCCGUGCGCUACAAAUAUCUUUGUCAGAGCACCCCCACAAGCGACAGUUGCUCGUCUUCUACAGUAUGUCCAUUGGCAACUUAGCCAGCGCUCUGAAUCGCCGCUGCUACCCACUGAGGAGUAUUGCCUGGUGCUUGAUGACCAGCCUCUGACAUUAAGCACACCAUUGCAGACGGUUAGCGCGCAUUCCGGCGGAGUGAUUAAGCUAAAAAUGCAGCGGAAUGAUGGUAUCCUCAAAGAGUCCGGUACAUCUCUGGGAUAUCACGGAGAAUCAGACUUUGCACAAACCAACGUAGAGUUCCAGCUGAAUGUGCUCUCUACCGACAAAUUGAUGAGCAGACUUGAAAGAGGGGUGUCAUUGAACUCGACCCUGGCAAAACUCAAAAAAGCGGCAAUUGGGCAUCUGAAUGACUAUGAAACACACAACGUACGCAACCUUUGCAGCAUAAAACAACAUACCGUACAAGACCUAGUCGGUUUUGACAUUCUAGGCCGUCUUCAUCCCACAUAUUUGACUACAGAUGACUCCAACAACGAUCUGCGGCUCUACGACCUUUUGGGAUUCGAUUUUUCACCUGACAAAUUUGGAAGUUGCUGUGUCAUGUUCAGGACGCGUCACGAUCAAGAGCUUGAAGACGGGAUAAGCGUACGCUUUAUUUCGGAAGCCAGCCUUACGAUGGAUCGGAUGGUAGUUUCCACGGAAACAACAGUACACGAAAUGAAGGAGUUCAUAUGUACUGUUUACGGCCACACUCUACGGCUCACGCCGGCAGAUGUUAAACUGGUUUACAAAGGCCAGUUGCUGCAAGAGGCGAACUCGACAGGUCAACCCUCGAAAGUGUUGGAGUACAUUUCCGAAAGUAGAGGGGCCAAAGUUCAUGUUUUCAUAAACCAAGAAUACACAGAACCCGGGCCAGGUUUCUGGAAUGAGCUUUUUAAUAGCUCAGAGAGGUUCACGUUCAUGAGUAGAAGUGCGUCUGAAAACGUGAGCAUAAGCGCCGAAGAGCCCCGCAGGACUACUUCAGAAACGAACCGGCCAGCUAGCAUGCCUAGUAUUCAAACUCCCAAUGCCGUGCAUACUUCAGAAAAUCUAACCCAGUUUCCAAAUUCAGCAGUCUCUGUAGCCGAUGAAUUCACGCCAGCGCGGUACGACUUUUUCACGGAAUCUGGUUACCACAUUGAGCGCACUGGGGAAAGGUUCGAAAGAGUUUUAAUAUCAGGAUCGGAGCACUUCAUACCCCCAAACGCAUUCGAACCCACUGUAAGCAUAGUUAAGAUAGCAGGCAUUGAGACCGAACUGUUGCCAGAUGAGUUCUCCCUAUCCGGCGGCUCACUUUGCUUAUCGACUCAGGCAAUUAAGCGAAUAGAAGAUCAACUAGGCGUCAAGCUGGCACAUUCAGUGGUAGUUAGCUUGGGACCUACUCCAACUUCAAGUUCUCCCCACCCAAGUGCAGGCCAGGCAAUUAUAGUGCCUGAGACUCGCCGAAUGGCGAGGAUUCGCCAAUGGGUCGAAACAAUCAUGAGGACAGUGUACUUGUUGUUGCGAAACUCUGUUUUCUACUUUGUGAUCUUUUUUCAGUUGGUAUCGUUCUUACCGUCCUUCUAUUUCUUUCUUGGGAUAGCCCUGAUUGUUUUAAAGGCAGUCUGGAGUACAACAGAGAUUUGGGAUAUGUGGCGGGACUUGCUGUGGGGGGAGCAGGCCGAUAAGCUGGGCGAAGAAGAGCAGGUUAUGUUAAGAGAAAUCUUGAACACGAAGCCAUUCGACAAACAGUUUUACACCAGAUUUACAGGCAAUCAAGCAGUCACUGAAGCUUUGAUUGAUCGGCUACAAAAUGACUUGGAACUGCGUGAAAAGCUUUCCGGGGAAUUUCAACUGGACUAUACAGAAUCCCUUCAAAUUUCGGUCCCCAAGCUCUUCGAAAGCUGUACGGCCACGCAAUUCGACCAAGUGGGACCUGAAUCUUUAACAGAACUAUUUGAGCCCAUUCUCAAUGAAGUAGCAGGCCAUUUAGAUAACACCGCAGGGCUUUCAGGAGCUGGUAAAGAAUCUUUGAAACUGCUACGUGCUUACGCGUACCAACAGUCGAAACUUCCAUGGUACAAGGGCGCAAUCCGGUGGGUUUCGCACAAAAGUAGCAGCUUGUACAACGGGGGUCUUGUUGAAUGGUUAAUGCCAGAGCGUGUGCCCCGGACAAGAAGAGGGGCAGGGAUAAGACAGGUUUUGCAUAUCAUAUGGGACUUGCUCAAACUCUCCUGUCUCUUUGUUUUAAUUGUGCUACCCAAAUUUCAGAUUCAAGCAGCAGAUAUGGCCAACCGUGUUGCCACCGACGAGGAGCACCAGGACUGA